AUCUGGAAAAUUUAUCAUUACAAACCGACGAAAACACAACCUUAAAUGAAAACGAUAGAAUCCUAAUUAAAAAAAAAAAAAGAAAAAAAAAGUCAAAGAUAAAGAUUUAAUUGAACCGUUUUCUUGUACAUUUAUAUCUCAAGGACACAAGUGUAAAGCCAAAAACGUUACUGCUACAAGCUAGUUACAUAAUGAAAUCCAUGGCUAAUUCCAGUUCUUCUUCCUCUUCUAUACCCUCUCUCUCACCCCACCACCCAGCCCAUUUUACCCCUGUAAGUAUUCAAACCUAUACAUACUUUCUUUAUGUUUGUGAAAAUUGUUAUGUUUGAUUUUUUGUUGUUUUUUGUGGGAUUUUUGCAGAUUUAAGAAGGUAAUGAAGAUGAAUAAUUUUCUAAACUAUUACAUAUAUCAUUUAUGUGUGUGUCUGUAGAUAGAUAGAUACAUACACACAAAAUUUGGGUGCCUGUAUGUGAAAAUUGUAUGUUUUUUAUUUGUUGGCUGUUUUUUUGUGGGUUUUUGCAGAUUCAAGAAGGUAAUGAAGAUGAGGUGUUUUAGUAUUCCAAACUUUACAUACAUAUUUAUGUGUGUUUGUUUGUAUAUUUAUGUACACAAAACCUGUGUGUGUUUGAUUUGCUCGUUGUUAUUUUUUUUGGGGUUUUUUCUUUUUCUUUUUUAUUUUGCAGAUAUAAGAAGGCGAUGGAAAUGAUGAAUAUUCCAAACUAUACAUACAUUAUUUAUGUGUGUGUAAACAUAUGCAUAUUGAAGAAGGAAAUGAAGAUGAAGAAAUUUCACAAGGUAGAAGCAGUUUCAGAGCAACAACUCCUAGUGAAUAUAGGCACCAUCCUACGCCGUUGCAUCAACAUAGUUCGGAAAAUCGAGGCAAAGGGUCAUCGAAAACGAGGCCGGAAGGUGAUGAGACUGCCGGAGUUUUGUGCAAUAAGUGCCGGCCAAACAACCGAGAGAAAUUUUCGGUUGUUCCUUUAGAGAAUAAUGGUGUUCAUAAGCUUUCAUUGGCUAGUCCCAAUUGGAUAUUCAAAUCAAUUUUAGCUUCUUUAGGGAAAAAAAGUCCUAAAUCAUCAGAUGGUGGCUCCUCCACUGUGUCUAGGGAGGAGCAGUGGAAGAUCGGGGUGGCUGAGCUUUCGAAUAAGCUGAUUAAGGCCACUAGAAAGAGAGACGAAGCCAUUCUUGAAGCUUCGAAAUUGAAGUAUUCAAUGGCCGAGCUCGAAAAGAAGCUAAGCAAGCUAGAAAUUUACUGCCAUAGCUUGAAAUCUGGGCUUGAAGUGUGUAGCAGCACUAGUAAUGCUUCUCCAUAUCAAAAUCCAAAGAUUUGUUCGUCUUCUCAUUUGAAUUACGAAUGCAUAAAAGUCGGGGAUCAAGAAAAAGUUAUCGAGCAUUUCUUGGUUUCUGUUUCUGAAGCAAGAUCAUCAAUUCGGAUUUUGAGUCGAUCUUUAACGGUUCAGUUAAGACAAAUGGGUGGGAAAGUCUUCGACAGAAUUGCAUUGCUACUUCAACCUUUCGAUAUCAAGAUUUCACUAUCAAGAAAUCCUAGAAGCCUACUAACUUUCUAUCUCGAGGCCUUGUUAAACAGAGCAUUUUUUGAAGAUUUUGAGUCCAUUGGGUUCCAAAAGAGUUCACCAAAUCAAAUCUUGAAUCCGAUCGAUCGUUGUGAAGCAAAUUUCGCGAUGUUCUAUGCUUUACAAGGGUUGACAUGGGAUGAAGUUUUGAACAAAGGAACAAGACAUUUUAGUGAAGAUUUCAGCAAGUUUUGUGAUAGGAAAAUGAGUGAAAUUGUGGCCAUGUUGGGAUGGAACAGAGCUUGGUCUGAGCCACUCUUGCAAGCGUUUUUUGGUGCAUCAAAAUCUGUGUGGCUAGUGCACCUUUUGGCCAACUCGGUGCACCCAAAUCUACCCAUUUUCAGAGUGGACAAAGGGGUUAGAUUUGACUCAGUUUACAUGGAGGAUAUGACUGGAGACAAGGCUAAGAAGUUGGUCCCAACCAUGGUUCGAAUCAUGGUCACACCUGGGUUCUAUGUGUACAACAAUGUGGUCAAGUGCAAGGUGCUUUGUAGGUAUUACAAUAACAUUGAUUUGGAUGUCCAGAAGGGGUUAAUGACUCCAUCGCCAUUGUAACAAAUGCAGCAUAAAGAGUUGUACCUUAGUGCAGGAUGAAAUGUGCAUUGAUCAGAUGCGCUU